AAGCACGCAACGCAAAGAUUCCAGAACACAUACACACGCACACGCACAUACAGCUACAGUUACCCUGGCGGACAGCAGCAUCAGUUAAAAUGUUGCGAACCUUGGCUGAGCGAUGAAGAAAUCGAAUCCACAUGCGCGUUAUAAAUAUUUAUGAAGCAAACAACAAAAUCGACGCAACAUAAAUUCAAUUGAGCAACAUCAGGCAAAAAAUUAUGCCAAGCAAGAAGAACAAACGCAACUGAGAAUCCACUUAAAGCAUUAGCUGAAUUGAGUUAAAUGUGAAGCAGAUGUCUGCAUGAGAAGUUAGAGCAGCCACGUCGUGUUCUCCUUUCGAUGCUUCAAUUUAGCUGCAAACUCAGCUAAUUGAAUUAACUGUGCCACAGCCGAGCAACAGAAACGAAUUAAAAGCUUUACAACCAACCAAGUCGAACCAAAACGAAUCGAAUCGAAUCGAAACGAAACUCUAACAAACCCAGUACCAUUCCAAGUUGUAGCAUUUAGACAACAAGCAACAAACAAACAAAAUAAAAGACACAGAUAAAAAUACAACCACGAAAGAGAGCAAAUUGCAUUCUAUGUAUAAGAAAUACGCAGACUUUGGAGUUUGGAGUAAGUGCAGCAGCCAAGAGACGCUGCAGGUGUAGCACACAAAUAUUCAGCGUCCCAUCAAUUGCGUUAGAACAAAAUUCUCGUUAACAAAAUGUCACUGGCCGACAUGGGGACAGCGACGCGCUCCACUGGCGGCGGCGGCGGCGGCGGCGGUGGCUCACGUCACUACGAUCUGAACAAUGCGGGUGUGGGUGGCGCUAGUAGCGGCGGCGGUGGCUUACCUGGCGGUCGCAUGACCCACUCAUUGAGCACACCCAGCGGUGUGGAUGGCACACCAUCAACUCCGAGACAUCGCGGUGGCAAAAAGCUGACAGUCCGCAUUCAAAUGCUGGACGAUUCAGUAACCAUGUUCCAAGUGCAGGCCAAGGCUUUGGGUCGUGUGCUCUUUGAACAAGUUUGCCGUCAGUUAAAUUUACUGGAAGCGGAUUAUUUUGGACUAGAAUAUGACGAAAAUUCAACACAUACCAAAUACUGGUUGGAUUUGGAGAAGCCCAUGAAUCGUCAAGUGGGCCUCUCGCUCAUUGAUCCAGUACUACGAUUUUGCAUUAAAUUCUAUACACCAGAUCCAGCUCAGCUGGAGGAGGAGUACACACGUUAUCUAUUCUGUUUGCAAAUCAAACGAGAUUUGGCCAAGGGCACGUUGCAGUGCAAUGAUAAUACCGCGGCGCUAAUGGCCAGCUACAUUGUGCAGGCAUCCUGCGGCGACUACGUGCCCGAGGAUUAUCCGGAUCACACGUAUCUGUCAUCGUAUCGCUUUGUGCCGACCCAGGACGCUCCCAUGCAGCGCAAGAUAAUGGAGAAUCACAAAAAGCACUUCGGUCAAUCGCCCGCGGAGGCUGACCUCAAUCUACUCGAGACAGCGCGUCGUUGUGAGCUUUACGGCAUGAAAAUGCAUCCAGCCAAGGAUGUUGAAGGUGUGCCACUGAAUUUGGCCGUAGCGCACAUGGGCAUUACGGUAUUCCAAACCAUAACACGCAUCAAUACAUUCUCCUGGGCAAAAAUACGUAAAAUUUCAUUCAAGCGCAAGCGCUUUCUGGUCAAACUGCAUCCCGAGGGCUAUGGCUACUACAAGGAUACCGUUGAGUUCUUCUUUGACAACCGCAAUGAAUGCAAAAACUUUUGGAAGAAAUGUGUAGAGAACCAUGGAUUUUUCCGCUGCACCACUGUGCAGAGCACCCCGAGGCGUAAAACUCGUGUGCUCUCCCGUGGCAGCUCUUUUCGCUACAGCGGCAAAACACAGAAACAGAUUAUUGAAUUUGUGCGUGAGAAUUAUGUAAAGCGUCAGAAUUUCCAAAGGUCUCAGUCAUUCCGGCAAGGGCCACUGAAUGCUAGUAGCCGAAGUCAGUCGCAUACGUAUGUGAAUUCCAGCAUUUCAGCCAAUCCCCUUCUCCCAAUUGACACUGCGGCUUGGGAUUAUCGCAAUCAAUGCAGCGACUCGAUGACCCCUUCUCUGACGAAGAAGGCAGCGGUUACAUUGGAUCGCCGACGCGACAAUCCUACCGACCCCAUGCGUUCUCAAGUCACAGCAGCCCAGGUGGAGAUCUAUCAGACGAAGAAUUAUGCAACGGAAUCGCCAACCUCGGCGGAGGAAGCGGCAUGCUCGGUGGAACGUCAACACCACUCGGCAGCGGCUAUGGACCAAAUGAAUUUGAACCGCUCGCUUUCACCACAGGGUCCGCAAUCGUGGACUUCGCCCAGUCACAGCAGCCAACAGCAGCGCGCUCACGAUCCGGCUCGUGCGCAUCCAGGCGAUCACAGUUUAGGUCGGAGCCACUUGUCCCACUUGUACAGCAGCAGCACGCCUCGUCGAGUCUCAGUGGGCUCCCAGGCGUAUGUCCCUGUGUCGCCGCAGCUCAUCAGCAUCAACACCCACAGCAACAGUCACACGCACAACAACACUAUCAACAGCAGCUCAGUGGGUCUUUCGGUGGAUCUCAACAGCUCCAUGGAAUUGGAGGAGGAGCUUCUGGAGCCUGCGGAUUUGGAGGAGCCUAUGGGGGAGGAGGAGGAGGAGGAGGAAUUAGUAGAGGAGGAAGCGGAUUCGGACUUGACAGCAUCUACCAUCAAUCGGGAGACUAUGGCGGAAGCCUUACCGGCCUCAGCCAUGGCCAUGGUCAAUGCCCAUCGUCAGCCGCUUCGCUCACAGGAGUCCCAAUCUCAAACUGUCACCCCAGUCCAUUAUAGCAGUACGAAUUAUUCGAUGUCUAAACAGUGCAUGCUUAACAACGCAAAUGCCAACUCAACCGAAACUGAAACCGACAACAUCAUCUACACUGACAUCAAUGAUAUGGGACACUAUAAAUAUCCUGAUUUUCAUAGCGCUCACAUGGAGCACAAAAUAUCAAAUAGUGAACAUCUCAAUUUGAAUGAUCGCAAUGAUAUCUACGCCACUGUCAAUCGCAAGGCGAAAUCAAAAACACGCGAAAAGCAUUUCAGUGAUGAAUUUAUUGAUCAGUCUAUACUUCAAUACACCCGUGCCAAACAGUUGGGAAUGCAGCCAAUAGCUAUACCGCCGUUGCUAGAACAGCCCAGUACUUCGGCAUAUGCUGCUGCGCAGGAACGAAAUUAUAAUAGCUUAAAUUACCAAUAUCACAAUGAUCUCAAUCACCCCUCAGAGUCGUCUUCAUCUUCAUAUUUCGGUACAGGCUUUGGGACAAAGCGCUAUGCUCAGCAAGAGCGUGUAAAGCUUGCGCUGUCUGAGAAUUAUCUAACGCCUUCGAUGGACUCGCAAAGCUCCAGGCAGACGCAUUCAUUGCCGCGAAAUUCUGAACUCUCUGGAGUAGACUCGGUCGACUCCUAUGAUAGUCAUUAUACAACGCAUCAUCCACGACGCAGCUCGUCGGAAAAGCUCGAGUAUCAAAUGUCGUCUGGCAACCUUUACUCCACAGCGCAGUUUGUGAAGCCUGAACAGGCAGCUGUACAUUAUAUGGCCGAUGAGGAAGAACCUGAUGAGGACGAUGCAGAGGGCGAAAACAUAUACGAUCAGGUUGAGCGUGAGUCUUGGCUUAAAAGCAGCUCGUGCAAAGAUCUCUUUGAAAGAUACAGCAGUAGUUAUUACUCUCGUGACCAUCCUAAGCCUAUGACAUCAUUCGACAAGGAGUUUUUAUCAUCAAAUCGGAUUGAUUCACCAGUGACACGCUAUGAUGACUCAAGGCAUUCGUUAUACUUUGCCAAAAAUCACUCAAUUGAUGCGCAUCAAGAAUUCUCGCCACUGCCAAAUAGUAAGGUUUAUUCCUCCAGUUAUCCAGGCAGCACAUAUAAUACACAGGAGCAUAAGCGCAACCAUGCCCAGCACUUGGACUUCACUGGCUCGCAGGACGAUAUAUCGCAGGACAGCUAUGAGUUGCUAGAAAAGUAUGAUAUUGAUUUCUUUAGUGGUCGUCGUCGUUCUGAGGAUCAUAUGCGAUCCUGUUCGCUAGAUUCUGGCAACUACAUACCCAGUGACGAUGAAUCUGUGUCCGAGCAGCCCAAGUAUCGGUCCGCCAUUGAUGUAAAAUCCAAGUCAGCAGCUGAUAUUAUGAAUGAAAUAUGGGAUGCUGAAGAUCCGCGCUACUUGCCGCGCGAAAAAUUGUCAGUAAAAUCGGAUGGUAAUUUCUACAAGAAAAUUCAAGAAGCUCUAACACGCACUUCCAGUCAGGAGAGUCAAAGUGAAAUGUUUGAAACAAAAAUUUCUCGCAGUCCAGACUCGAGUAAAAAGUCUAGAGAUAGCUUAUACCACACCGACAGCAAAAAGUCUAGGGAAACAACUAAAAGCAAAACAUCAGUAGCUUCAAGCCAGGACUCUAAGGAAUCACUGGUUGGUGACUGCUUUGGACGCAACUAUGAAAUGCCCACAACCACUUGUAAGAAAGUCAAACAGUUCAACAAAAAGGAGUUAUAUGAAAAGUUUGCGCAGUCAAGUCAGGAGUCAAAGAGUGACUAUUACGAUGCUGUCGAGCCUGUGGUAGACAACGAAGGGUUUUAUGUACGACCUAAGGUCAAAAGCCACGACUGCUUGCUAUCCGACACUCACAGCUCAACAGCUAAUAGCUCUUUUUAUGACAGUCGCGACACAUAUUCAACUUUCCCUAGUAAUAAAAAUCAUAAGACCUCCAAGGUACACUCCAUAAGUCUACAAAAUGUCGAAAUUGAGCGCAAUGCAAAAUCAUUCGGCAAUAAGUCACCGGAGUCUGUUUCUACACCCGCUUCAGGUGUGCGCUGUAAAGAGAUAGAUAUACAAACUACUGACUCUAUUGAUAAAACUGCGCCCUUCAAGAAGAGUAAUUCGCAGUCGUGUAAAAUUUCUGCUUUCCGUCGGCGUUCGGAUAGCGAAAAUAUUUUCAGCUUCGAUCAGGACAGAAUUGAGUGCAUACAAAAGUAUUCCAAGCAAUGGGAGGGUCAACCAAAAGAUGACAAGUCCAAACAGCCUGGAGAAUAUCCCCUGACUCCAGAGCUUAUAUCAGAAUUUGAGAAGCAACAGGCACGUGCAGCUCACCAGAAAAUUACCCGCAAAGAAGAAUUAAUGGCCAAGACACACUUUGAGGAAUAUAACCCCAUACUGGUACCGCUUAAUUAUACACAUGCUACAGUCGAGCGGACCAAAAGCGAUCCCAACUCCUUAGCAAAUCGCGCUCGCCUGGGCAGCAACUCAAGACGCCAUGUGCUAAUGCAUCAGAAAUCAAUAGAUCUGACGCCGGCCGAUUCAAGUGAUGAGGACUACAUUUAUAAACAAAUACCCAGUGCGCCACCUUUGUGCAAAGCUCAUGGCAACUUUGAGCUACCCAAAUGCUAUGAUGGGCAACCAGUGCCACAAGUAGAUCUUCCCAAGGCGGGUUUUGAGUUGCCAAAGAGCUUUUUCCGUGACUACGAACGUCGUUUUACUAAAGUUUUAAAAGAAGAUAUCCCCUAUGUGCUGCAUAAGCGACACAUUAUGAAUGGCACUGCACCAUCGCCAGGGGACAAAAAGAAACCGAAAUCACCCAAGUCACCAAAGUCCCCUAAGUCACCCAAAGCAAGUCAACAAAGCCAGCAAACCGUGCCAGGCCCUGCUGACUUUCUGCCUGAUAUACUGGAUAGUUUGCUUCCAGCUGAAACCAAAGAGUUUCUCUUUACGCAAAAUAUAGAUUUAUCUAAAGUUGAUCCAAUUACUCUUGAAAUUGACAAGAGCAUACCGAUAAUACAGCUAUCAUCACCGAAACGGGAUAUAACAAUGCAAAUGGAUGCAUCUACACUGGAAAAGCUUAAUAAAAAGCUAAGUCAAAUUGAGAGUGAUUCAGCCACUAGUUCGAGAACAGAGAGCAUGCAUCAACAGAAACUGGAGCAGAAGCAAAUGGAGCUUAUACAAAGUCUGCGCAAGGAACUCCAGGCGAAUGCGCGCAAGGCAAACAAGCCGAGGGUUAUUCCCAAGACAAAGCCAUCGGGCAAGUCCAAGAAGGGCAAAACACGCAUCACUUCAUUUUCAUCAGAUGACGAAAGCCUGGACUCGGACGAUGUCUUUGGUUCGGCAGAAGCCAUACCGGAUCGCUUGGAGUUCUCACCGCCGCAGUCACGCAAAGAAAUCGAGCCCAUUUUGCGCAUUGAGCAAAGCCGUCUCAUCUCAGCUGCUUGGGGCAGAGGACAGACUAUGAGCUCUACUGAGAUUGAAGGCUCGCCGCCACAGUGUCGUCGGCUGGCUGAUUUAGAGAAUCGGUAUCACACACAAAAGUUAGACCCACAAUAUGCCAAUGCGACAGAGCUGCGACGUAUUUCAGAACGCUCAAUAUCCAUACCAUCUUCGGAAGAUGAGCCGCAUUUACCCUUGCGACGCAUGGAUGAAUGCACAAAUGACUAUCAGCGCAAUGAAAAUAUUCCCUCACCCAUAUUUGAGCAUGCAGAAUUCUUUCGCAGCAACGAUGAUAUUUAUGAAACGUGUCAUGAGGAAAAGAUAAGCACUUCAGAUAUUGAUUAUACCUUAAAGAAGCAAACAGCCAAGUCAAAGGUGAAACUGAUUGAAGAAAUAAUUGAUUCGUCGAUUGUCAUGCGGUCCAAGGGGCAUGCACCCAUACUUUUUGCGCAUGCACGACUAAAUUUAUCAGAGGGCUCUUCAGUGUCGCUGCAACGCCAGCAGGCCACACAGCAAUCGCCCACGACAGAGCGACGCACCAAGAGUUUGGAUACGCCAGUUAUAUCGCUGCAUCGCUUACCGCCCAUGAAUGCAUUUUCAUCAAAAGAUGAUACAGUUGGGUUUGAAGAAGAAGGCGAGAUCUUGGAGGAGAAAACACUUGAGCGAGCCAAUCAACCAACUCAACAGGAAGAUGACGCAGCGGAUAGCGUGCAUAGCUGUGCAGGCUCUAUACCCACACAAAGUAGUUAUAACGCCAAUGGCAGGGACUCACUACUUAGUGCUGUUACCAUUGAUGUCGAAGAGAUGGAUUUGCUUAAUCAACUAAAGUACAUCGAGAGAAUUGCUUUGCAGGGCGUUAAAAUUAAAAAUAAACGAAAAUCAAAAAUGAAGCUUAAGAGUGGUGAUCACUUAAUACUGAAUAUACCAAGAUACAGAUUUACCGACUGGUCACCUUAUAGUUCAGCCAACAGUUCACGCAAAACUUCUCCUGGAGUUUCAAGGGCCAGCAGUAUUGACAGCACUGGCAAAGGCAAGCUCAAGACUUCAGAGCCAUAUAAAGGUAAAGCUGUAUCGCGCAGCCGUCCAGAGUCACGACGCACCAGCGCUGAUGACCUUAAAGGCAGAGAUGGCAAAGGUAGCAAGAAAUCGAGUCCAAAAGACCGUCCACGUUCAAUUGAAAUGCGUCGUUUAAGCAAGGAUAAAAGCAAGUCGCAAGAGGAAACAGAGGCAGACAUUGCCAAACGUAAGGAAAGGCAACAAAAACUAUACGAAUCGGCAAUGAAACAGACUAUUACCAUGUUGAGUCCAGUUAAGGAUACGCUGCCUGCGUUCCCCGCGCCGGAAGAUAAAAUACUUGUUAAAACCGAUGGCGAUAAGAUCAUUAUUGAAACUGAAUUCAAAUCCAAAGCAGAGGAUCAUGUGCUAAUAGCCAAGGCUCCACGCAAGCUUGACACCUCUCUAGUUAAGUUUAGUCGCAGUUUUGAUGAGCGAAGCAGCCCUGAUAAGCUAGAUAAAGCCAAUCGCAGCUUUGAAGAUCGCAAUAAAUCAUUUGAGGACUCUGAGAAAUCUGAUGUGCCCGAAGAUAUUUUAAUAAAAUCACCGAAGAAAAUAGCUAAAGCGCAGGAAAUUAAACAGAAAAUCGAAGGAAACGUCGUACACAAGAAAAUUGACGGCAAGUCCAAUAGCUUGGAGAAACCAGCUGAGCAUCAUUAUCUGGGUACAGAUGUAAAAGCGCGUAGCUUGGAUGACAAGAAACAGGCAACCACAGAAUCUAAGAAGGCAGAAGAGAAGCCUGCUGCAGUUACACGUAGUGCUAUUGGAGAUCGUCGCAUGUUUGCGCAUCAAUAUAAUGUCGUUGAAGAUAUAGACAUGCAAGCGGUCAUAUCGGAGCGCCGUUCGUUGGAAAUAUUGAAACGGUCACUACCCUCAGAGGACACGCGCGAUAGUGAAUGCACACACAGUCGCAAAGCAUCGACGGCAGACAGUCUGGAUUCGUUUGUCUCCGUCGACGAUAGUCACUCUCCGGCAAGCAAGUCGCCUAUACCAGCACCGGAAGGUUAUCCGCACCGUGUGCCAACCAUAGAGUGUGAGGAGCCCUCAAUUGAAGAGGAUGACAACUCAUCGGAACGUAGGCAUUUAAAAGUAGGCCGCCAGGAUGUGAAUCGCCUAAGCUUGGAUCGCAGUCGUAGCGAUGAAACCGGCUCUUGGAUAACCGUUGAAUGCGAUGAGUUUAUUGGCUCUGAUACUUCAGACAAUGAACCGCGCACAUUGGAGCCCGAUCGCAAUGUGUUAGAAACACAAGCCACCUUAGAGGAUGCCAUACCGCUGGAGUACUCCAACUGUGCCACGCCCACAUCAGAUUUGAACAUACUGGUAACACCACCAAAUGCUAGUCCCAUGAUAGAAAAGUCAGUGCUGGAAACUUUUGAAAAAUAUACAAGUGACAAGAAGAAGUAUAGUCUGGAGAAGCAAAGCGACAGGUCAAAAAGUUCUGACUCUUGGACCAGUGGCGAAAAGGAUAGCAGUCCACAACGACAACACGAUUGGAGUUUGUCAGUUGGCAAAGAAAAAAGCUCAGUGGAAGAAGAGUCUAGCCACAGCUGCUCUAUAGCGCGUCCAUUGGGCAUAUCACAAGAUUUUGGCAAUGAUGAGGCCAAGAAAUGCUUGGAGCUGAAACAGCGUAUGCUCCAACUGGAUGUUGCAACGAAAGAUGCCGACGUCACGCCCACAGACUCCAACGAGCAAACGCCCACAAACGAGACCAAAAUAAUAGUGAAAAAGCCCACAACACCCACGUUGGAAAAGCAAAGCCCCAUUGAUUUGGGUAACAGCACAGAGUCUUAUCUAGAUCCCAUAGAAGAGCGCAUAGCCAAAAUCCUGCAAAGAACUGAAGACAGCGAGUCCAGCUCAGGUGGCUCGCGUAAGCCACCACGCAUAGAAAAACCCGCCCGUGUUAAUGGUGGCAAGAAGUUGGCGGUCAAGGAGCCGGGUAAGUCUGGCAGCAGCUCACAGGAAUCCAAAUCUAGCUUUGAUUCGAAAGGUUCGCUAAGCGUGGAGUCACGCGGCUCCUUCGAAACCGAAAGCAGUUCGGGUUCAUUGGGCGCUGCGCAGCGACGUGGCGAUCUUGCGCAGAAAGAGCAACAAAAUACGUGGAAAGCUUUUCCGAUUGAGAGCAGCAAUAGCUCGAGCACAGAUGAUCCCUGGCAUCAUGUGGAAACUGAUGGCGGCUAUGAACGCUAUGAUGCACAGCAUCCUUUGCGCGAUUCCUCGGACAGUGACGUGAAGGAAGCUUCUCCGGAUGAGCAGGGCAAGGAGAGCGACACCAGCUAUCAAGAUGACUUAAAUGACUUUCCCACCACCUUUGGCUAUCCAGCCAUGACUAGCACUUUAGGUGGCAUUGGUGUUAACCCCACGGAUAUUAUAGGGUAUACUACGGGGUUCACGCUAGGGCGCACGCUAUCACGCAUCUCGGAGCGCAGCACAGCCUCUGAGAAAUCCAGCAUGGAGGAUGAUGUAAGCAAAGCCUCCACACACUCAGUCAGCAUGCGAGAUGAGUCCGUGGGCUCCACUGAUCACCAGCCCAGUCUUAGCUCCGAUUCGCGCAGCAAUACAAAUCUAGCCUAUAUAUCGGAUGCUGAUCGCCGCACCUCAGCUGAGAUGCCCGAAAUACCCUGCGACUCGGCCACAGCCGAUCGUUUGUCUAGCAUUGGCAGCAUAUAUGAACCCAAAUCACCCACUUUGGUCACGGGACGCUUCUCGGUCACACAUGUGGACGAGUUGCAGGCAGACGAUCAGGAACGUCAUACGCUCAUGUGCCUAUCGAAUGCGGGCAGUCAGGACUCAGAGGAUUGGCCGCUGCCCGAAAUACCUUUUGACCAUGUGCCCGUGAAGCAGCCAGACAUAGGCUAUGGCAUGCCCGACUUAGACAAGCCUGUGCCCAAGUCCUUUUGCUGGAAGGCCAGUAUGUCCUUCCAGCAAUCGCAGGACUCUGUGGACUGGCCCUCACCGCCCUCAAGCACCAUCGAUGCGCCAAUUAUAGUCGAAAGCAUUGAAACCUAUUACACCAGAGAGGUUCAAAGCCCAGAUAAAGUUGUGCUGGAAGAUGACGGUCACAUGGCGUCUGCCGCAGCUGCGAUAGAUGUGGCCAAGGUGUUGCCUUAUGAGGACACGGCGUAUCUCAUGUCCGCAGCAUUUGAGGACAAGGACUUUGGCAGCGAGCAAAUACCUUCGGAUACAGUGAGCUGUCUAAGCUCCACUUUAAGUGCUGCCUCCUGUCUUUCCUCCUCCUUGAACGUCAGCUGCAGCACUUCGUCAACUCAGCCCACUGCGCGCUCCUUGCGUAAGACUUCCAGCCCGGAGGUAAUUGUAGCGCAGCCCACACGCUCGCCGGCGCCACGCAGUCCACUCUCCGAGGACGAACUGUUCUCCAAUGACGAUGUUUUCAUGCCUGGCACUAUUAAGGUGCAGCUUUCACCCGAUGGACAGUUGCGUAAAAUGUCGCGUGGCUCCAACAACUCGGACACCUCCAUCGAUGAUAUCUUAUCGGGUAGCACUUACAUGGACGAUCAAACGACAGUGCGUCGCAACUAUGAGGCACGCCUGAGCAGCGGUGGCGGCAGCUGCAAGAAGUGCAGCCAUUCCAGUCACUCCGAGGAGGAAACUAGCUCCAUAGGCACUGAUCUGGAUGGCACGGUGCGCAUGGGAUUGCAGCAAAAGAAAUGCACACACAGCUCACACUCCGAGGACACAUCCAUUGGCUUAAGCAUCUCUGAGUGGUCCACAGGCACCAAUACGGUGCGUCAAUAUGCCAAUCUCUCCGGAUCCGACAGUUUGUCUGCCGUCUCUACGCAGUCAUGCGCCAAAAGCGAGAAAUCCAAUCAAACCAAGUCGAGCAUAAGCUCCAUUAACAAAUCCGCCGAGAGCCUAAACGAGCAAAGCGGCAGCUACAAGUUCAGUGGCGACAAUGGCUCCUCCGAUGGUCUGCGCUAUGACAUGCUGUCCAAUUCGGAGACGGACAAGCUCAGCGAGCCCACCUCGGCCACGCGCAGCGACGACACGACGCUCACACUCACUGAAAUGGCCCACACCAUCAGCGAGUGGUCCACCUCCAGCAGUCGCACCUUAGUGGGCGUGGCACCUGGCGAUUACUUGCCACUGAAGCAGCAGGCCCGCGUCCCCAAGCAGGUUGUCUCGCCCAGCGAGGAGAAACGCUGCUCGUUGCCACAGAUCCACAGACGCAGCGGCAGCAAUGGCAAUCAGGCUCGUACUGGUCAAGAGCACUUGGAAAGUGUGCAGCCAGAGACAAGUGCAGCUGCUCGCAAGCGCCGCUCGCUCGAAAUGAUGUCCAAGCUGUAUCAGAGCCAGGAGAUCUGCUCGGAGUCAGAGUCGCCGUUUGUGGAGCGCUUGUAUGCACACACAGAAAAGUUGACGGAACGCUAUCAAAGCCAAGAGUUUGUGCCCCUACAUUCCACGGGCGGCGGUGGCAGCAGCACCUCUAGCACCACCACCACCCCCACCACCAAUCAAAUACAAACACAACAAUCGCAGCAGACGCGACAAAAGCCGCGUGCACCACAACCGCCCACGAAGCCUAAGCCGGCGGUAACCAGACCCAUUAUGCAGGCGCUGCUCAACAAAAUGAAGCAACCUGGUCUGGCCGAACAGGCAGCCGCUGCAGCUGAAGCGCAAGAAGCAGCUCAAGUAAAAGCCGUUAAGCAAGCGCCACCACCCGUGCCCAGCACACCGCCCAUUCUGACGCCAAGCGACUUGCCCGGCAAUGUGUGCCCCCCACCCGCCAAGCCGCUGGCAAAGCAUCACAGCUACGACGAUAAGACGCUGUCCAGAACCCAAAUACGCGACUACAAAACCAGCAGCAAGCAGCUGCGUCAGUCAAGCUCCUUCCAUGAGCAUUUGCUAAGCAAGUCACAGCAAUCCUCGCAGGAGUUGCCUAUGCGUAUUGACGAGGAGCGUGACCUACACUCCACAUCUUCAGCCACUAACACCACCACGACAACCAAUACGCUCAACAGUGAAAGCACGGACAACAAUUCGCCGCAAUUGCCACAGCGUGCGGACAAACUUGUGCGUUGUUCGCCGUACUAUUCCAGCAGCCUCAGCUCGGAGUCGCCGCCCAAUCAGUUGGUGCAAAAGCCGCCACGCAAGAGCAACAAUAGUCAGCUGGCGGCAGCUGCUGUGGCUACCGCCUUGAAGAGUCCACCUAGUGGCAAUGAUACGGACAGUUCGUUGGAUGUGCGCUCCCAGGACGCCAAACAGUUGCGCAGUCGUGGCUACCGCAAGAAGCGACAGCUGCCGGUCAAGCGCAUGCGAGCUAAUCUCAAUGCUGCAGCGCUGAUGGAGCAGGCAGAGAGCUCAGAGUGUUCAGAGGGUUAUAUGCCCGAAAUGGACUCGGGCAGUUCCGAGUACUCUUAUCAGCGAGAUGAGCAUUUUCUGGAGUUCGACGAGGAGUUGGAGCGUGAGCAAACUGAUGAGUAUGAGGAUUACCCGCAGUACAGCGGUGCUGCCAGCAAGUUUGAGAGCCUUGACAUGAGCGACAACGUAGAUGAAAUGGGUUUCCCACGCUACGACCGUUUGGGCCACAUUACCAAGCCAAUGUAUCAGCCUGGACCGAGCAAUCAUCCCAUGCCGCCUUCAACUGGGCAGCCCGUAAAGCCUGCGCGCACCAAGAAGCGGCAGUUAAAGCGCGAGGACUCCCAGGCAGCCAGCACUUCCACUGGCGCUGCACCACAGCAGCAGCAGCCCUAUCAUGGACGCAGCUAUUGCAAUCCCGAGGAGAGCGAGUAUGAGACACGGGGCGGUGCGCUCUCUGACGAUUUGGCCAAUUCUAGUGAGGACAGUGGUGCUGGCACCAGUGGCAUGGCCACCAUUCGACGUGGCACCAGUGUCCGCACUGCUUUCAACAAUGAGCCAGUUCAACGUCAGCAACUGCCGUAUCCGGACUUUUUGUCGGACUGCGAUACUGAGCCCAUUGAGUAUGAGCGUUAUGCCUGCGGCUUGGAUAUUCGUGUGGAUCCGCCGCCUAAAUUCCACGACUCGGAUGAGCUGAGCGAUCAGUAAACAAUGGGAACAGCGUUAGCAACAGCAACAGCAGCAGCAGCAGCAGCAUUUUCCAAAUUUUCAGUUGCCUUGUGACAAAUGUUUGAGACUCUACGACUUUUUUACACACUCACACUCACACUCUCUCACACACACUCCAACCAACCAAGUAUAACCAACUUAUUUAUAAUUGAGACUGAUUUUACGACAAACCGAAAACAAUCCAAGCAAACCAAGCUCUAAAAUGAAAACACCAGGCGUAAAAAGCGAACGCAAUUCUAAAUGCUGCUUAAAGAGAUUCCUUUAAAUACACAAAAGUAUUAAAAUACGUUAAAAACAAAAUCAAAUUAAAAAACAUUUUAAUCAAAUUAUAUACAUGGAUAAUUAUUAACAACAAAUCAAAUACAAAUUACAAACCUUAUACUAUUUAAAAUGAUGUCAGUGAAAUGGUUAACGUAGAUGGAAACACCUUGGUGUAUAUCUCAGUAGAGAAUAUAUAUGGCGUAUAUAAAAUGUUGAAGCAAAAGCAAAAAAACCAAAUAAACAACAAAACGCAAUCGUUAGGCGAGUUGAGCAAA